CUGUUGCCGCUCGGGCUCCACCGGCUCUUCUCCGCUCGUGCCGCCGCGCCCUCUCCGCAGUCAGGGCCGCCGAGGCCCGCUCGCUCAGGCACCAUGGGAGGUGGGGCAAGUGCGGCCGCUCCGAAGGUCCACCCCGAGACGAACGGCCAGUGCAGCGCUCCGACCGCCGGCCCCGGGCCAGAGGGCGCGGAUGGCAAACCAGUCGUCCUGGAGUCGUCCCUCAUCUUCGACGACGCCACCAUGAAGAGGUACGUCCCCGCGCCGGUCUUCAAACGGUUCCUCGAGGACUGCGUGUCCGGUGCUCCCACCAGCGAGGAGGACCAGAAGGCGAUCGCGGAUGGCAUGUUCAGGUGGGCGCGGGAGAAAGGCUGCACCGACUUUGCCCACUGGUUCUUCCCGGUCCGCGGUGGCAGCGGUGCCGUGGGCGGUGCCGUCGGCGCCCUCAAGAUGGACACCCUGGUCGACCUCGACUUCAAGUCGGGGAGCGCGAUCAAGCCCUUCUUCGCGACGCUCCCACACGAGCGCCUGUUCCAGGGCGAGACGGACGGCUCCUCGUUCCCCAACGGCGGCCUGCGAGUGACCCACUCCGCCGCCGCCUUCACGGUGUGGGACCGGACGUCGCCCCCGAUCAUCUCGGGCACCACGCUCCGCAUCCCGUGCUCCUUCCUGACGCACUUCGGGAAGAGCAUCGACGACAAGACGCCGCUCCUACGCUCGCAGGACGCCGUCAGCGCCCAGGGGAUGCGUCUGCUGAGGGCCCUGGGGCUUGCGUCCGAUGCCAAGUGUCUGCGCUCUUACCUGGGUUGGGAGCAGGAGUUCUUCGUGGUCUCUGCCGACCUGUACAAGAAGCGUCCGGACCUCGUCAACACUGGCCGCACGUUGUUCGGUAAGCUGCCCACCCGCGGCCAGCAGAUGGAUCUCAACUACUUCGCCCCCGUCCCCGAGCUCGUCGACAAGAUGAUGGCGGAGAUUCAGCAGGAGAUGCUGAGAACGGGCACCCCGAUGGCGGUCCGUCAUAACGAGGUGGCGCCAGGGCAACACGAGAUGUCACCGAUCUUCGGAUUGGCCAACUGGUCUGCGGACAACAACGUGUACUUCAUGGAGGCCUGUAACAGGAUUGCGGCCAAGUACGGUUUGAUGGUGCUAUUUCACGAGAAGCCGUUCGCUGGCAUAAACGGCAGCGGCAAGCACGCGAAUUGGUCUGUCGGCACUGACACGGGCAUCAAUCCAGCUGCUUGCGGCAAACAGACGAAGCACGCACUAUCUACACUGCGGCCCUGGCCUGCCUCUCCCACGGAAUCAUGCAGUACAACGAGAUGUUGCGAUGUGCUGUGGCACACGCAGGCAAUGACCAUCGCCUCGGAGCCCAGGAGGCGCCCCCGGCCAUCAUCUCGCUCUACCCUGGCACUGGCUUCGAGGCGCACGUGGACGCCGUUAUCGCAGGAGGCCCCUUGA